CCACGGAAGCCGCCAAACGGCCUUCACAGGUUACCUGCUAUUGUGCGGGAACCCUGCGCACCGACCAAUGGCAGUGCGCUUUACUGGGCGGGUAGCCAGCUGUAGCUGCGGCCAAUAGGCGAGAGACUUCUUGUUUCCUGGCAGAGCGGGGUCCUGGCACCGCGGCACUUCGGUUUUGUGUGGGUCCUGGGUGGAGGGCCGGGGUGCCGGGUGCCGGGGUGCCGCCUCGCUAGCGGGCGAGGGAGCGGGAGCAGCGGCCGGAGAGAGGACCAGCUUCCCACCCUCCAGUGUGUCUGUCUCGACCCCUCCCGUGCCUCCAAACCCCACCCUGCCCUGGACAGGCCAGCCAGUGUGAGGGUCUUCGAGAACCGAGGAGCCACCCCCUGCUUCCGAAAAGCGGGAUCCUACCGGCCCAGCUUUUCUAGGGGUGCUUAGGACACCCGUUGUCCACACCUACCAGGGUAGCUUUUGCACCGGCUCGUGUCUGCAGGGCGGGAAGAUGGAAACAGACCCAUGUCGUAAUUGGAACUGAGAUUCAGGGCAGCUCUCAGGGCCUGAGUAGGGCAAGAGGAUGCUUUCCCAGCCCCACCAUGGAGUUGCGCUGUGGGGGAUUGCUGUUCAGUUCUCGCUUUGAUUCAGGGAACCUAGCCCAUGUGGAGAAGGUGGAAACUGUGCCUAGCGAUGGGGAAGGAGUAGGAGGGGGUGCAUCAGCCCCCACUGGUGGCAUUGCUUCUUCCCCUGACUAUGAGUUCAACGUGUGGACCCGGCCAGAUUGUGCUGAAACAGAAUUUGAGAAUGGGAACAGGUCAUGGUUCUACUUUAGUGUCCGGGGAGGAACUCCAGGGAAACUCAUCAAGAUCAACAUUAUGAACAUGAACAAGCAAAGCAAGCUGUAUUCCCAGGGCAUGGCCCCUUUUGUGCGUACAUUGCCUUCCCGGCCACGCUGGGAACGCAUUAGAGACCGACCCACCUUUGAGAUGACAGAGACGCAGUUUGUGUUAUCCUUUGUUCACCGUUUCGUAGAGGGCCGGGCGGCCACCACCUUCUUUGCCUUCUGCUACCCCUUCUCCUACAGUGACUGCCAGAAUUUGCUAAACCAGCUAGACCAGCGCUUUCCAGAGAAUCACUCUACCCAUAGCAGUCCUCUGGAUACCAUUUAUUACCACCGGGAGCUUCUCUGCUAUUCUCUGGAUGGACUUCGUGUAGAUCUCCUAACAAUCACUUCCUGCCAUGGGCUUCGAGAAGAUCGGGAGCCCCGUCUAGAGCAGCUAUUUCCUGAUGCUCACACCCCUCGACCAUUCCGUUUCACAGGGAAAAGGAUAUUCUUCUUAAGCAGCAGGGUACACCCUGGGGAGACUCCAUCUAGCUUUGUCUUCAAUGGCUUUCUGGACUUCAUCCUUCGACCUGAUGACCCCCGAGCUCAGACCCUACGUCGCCUCUUUGUCUUUAAAUUGAUUCCCAUGUUAAACCCUGAUGGUGUGGUCCGGGGCCACUACCGCACAGACUCACGUGGAGUGAAUCUGAACCGUCAGUACCUGAAGCCUGAUGCCAUCUUGCACCCAGCCAUCUAUGGGGCUAAAGCUGUGCUUCUCUAUCAUCACGUGCAUUCUCGUCUGAACUCCAAGAAUCCCUCUAACCACCAGCCCAGUCUUCAUCCCUCUCCUGAUGCUCCCCUUUCUGACUUUGAGAAAGUCAAUAAUCUCCACAAUGAAGCUCACCUUGGGCAGUCACCUGAUGGGGAAAACCCUGAGACCUGGACUGAGACAGAGCCAGCAGAAGAAAAGACUGACACUGUGUGGAUUAUGCCACAGCAGUCACCCAAGUUUGAGGAGCCAGCCCCUGAUACCAUCCUCCCAAAAGACAGUGGUGUUGCUUACUAUGUAGACUUACAUGGACAUGCUUCCAAAAGGGGCUGCUUCAUGUAUGGAAACAGCUUUAGUGAUGAGAGCACCCAGGUGGAAAACAUGCUGUAUCCAAAGCUCAUCUCCUUGAAUUCAGCCCAUUUUGACUUCCAGGGCUGCAAUUUCUCAGAAAAGAACAUGUAUGCCCGAGACCGUAGAGAUGGCCAGUCCAAGGAGGGAAGUGGCCGCGUUGCAAUCUACAAAGCCUCAGGGAUAAUACACAGCUAUACACUUGAAUGCAACUACAACACUGGACGCUCAGUAAACAGCAUCCCUGCUGCCUGCCAUGACAAUGGGCGUGCCAGCCCCCCUCCCCCACCGGCUUUCCCUUCCAGAUACACUGUGGAACUAUUUGAGCAGGUGGGAAGAGCUAUGGCCAUCGCAGCUCUGGAUAUGGCAGAAUGUAAUCCAUGGCCCCGAAUUGUGUUGUCAGAACACAGCAGCCUCAGUAACCUUCGGGCCUGGAUGCUAAAACAUGUACGCAACAGCCGAGGCUUGAGCAGUACUGUGAAUGUGGGCAUGAACAAGAAGAGAGGUUCUCGAACACCUCCCAAAAGUAACAAUGGACUGCCCGUUUCCUGCUCUGAAAAUGCUUUGAGCCGGGCCCGAAGUUUUAGCACUGGCACAAGUGCUGGUGGUAGCAGCAGCAGCCAACAAAAUUCUCCACAGAUGAAGAACUCCCCCAGCUUUCCUUUUCAUGGCAGUCGGCCUGCAGGGCUGCCAGGCUUGGGCUCUAGCACCCAAAAGAUCAGCCAUCGGGUGCUGGGCCCUGUCAGAGAGCCCCGAUGCCAGGAUAGGAGACGGCGGCAGCAGCCACUGACCCAUCGCCCGACUACAAGCAGCCUGACCCCAUCCCCAACUCUUGCUAGUUCUAUCCCAGCUUCCUCACACAAUCUGGGCUCCUGCCUACUGCCCAAUUCACUCAGCUUAUCAGGGAACAGCUGCUCACUCUCAUCUUCAGGGGACAAGCCAGAGGCUGUGAUGGUGAUUGGGAAAGGUCUGCUAGGGACUGGUGCUCAGAUCCCCUGCAUUAGGACUCGUUUGCAGACUUGCCCGAGGAGAGUUUCCGCCAGGAGGGGUCCCGGAUUCCCCAGGCUAGGCCCAGGUUGGGCUGGAGCUCACCGUCGACUUGCAGAGGGAUGAGAGGCUCUUCAAGCCCCACAUCCCCUAUCCCCCAGACCAGAGAGAGCAGUGAGCUGGAGUCGGGACCCCGCUCUGCUACACCAGGGCUGCUUCAGGCUGGCCCCCCACGGCCCCGCUCUGCCCCUACCUUUUCUCCUAUUUCUCUAUCUGACUCCCCAUCCCGGAUUUGCUACAACAGGGGGCCCUUGAACCAACCUGAGGUUUGUUUUGUCCCUAAAUCUCCACCAUUCACUAUUUCUCCCAGGGUCUGAUAAUGCCUUUGCCUUCAUGCCCAGGAAAUAACCCUAAGGUAGGGGAACACAGUAAGAUGAUACGCUAGUCCCCUUUGACAACCAAAAGUCCUUGGGAUGUCAACCAUACUGUCCAAGGCUUUGCAGAACAUCACCUUGAGACAGAACAAUAGGGGGACCUUGCCACCCUUUCCCUCCCUCCACAGCACAAGAUUUUGGGACCACAAAAAAUAUAUAUAUUUUUGUAUUGGGGUGGGGAGUAGAAAAGAAAGCAGCCCCUAUAACUGGGCCCUAUUCAGUGGCAGCUUCUUGUUCCAUAGGGUUAAGGAAGACUUUGAGGAAAUAAAAGUUGUUUGGAAAAAUCCA